AAACUGCAACUAUGCCUUUUGACCCACUAACCCUCCCUUUUCUUCAUAUUCAACCACGCAACCUCCAUCCCCCCCAAAUUCUCCUACACAGGGAUUCCGAUUAUUGAUUCUAUAUACAAACGCAUCUUUGAUUUGAAAGUGGUAAGUGUAUAGUUGUUCAGAGAUUUUCAGGUACAGAAGGAGAAGAAGAAGAAGAUUGUGAAGAAAUGGAGGUGAAAGUACGGACGGCGAAGGCGCUGGUCGGGAAACUCAGUUCGGUGUCGGAGCAGACACGAACGGAAUCGCUUUGCGAGCUGCGUUUAAUCUCGAAGAACGAUCCUGAGAGUCGAACCCUAAUUGCUGAAGCAGGUGCAAUUCCAUACCUCUCCGAGAUACUGUAUUCACCGUCACCGAUUGCACAGGAGAACGCGACUGCUACGCUUCUGAAUAUUUCGAUCUCUUCACGCGAACCUUUGAUGUCCACGCGCGGUCUACUUGACGCGCUUUCCCACGCGCUCCGGAACCCUGCUUCCCCCUUCACCGCCCAGUCUGCCGCCGCCACGAUCUUUAGUCUCCUGACUGUUGAUAACUAUCGACCUAUUAUUGGCUCAAAGCGUGACAUACUGUACGCGCUUAUCGAUAUCAUCAGAAACCCCAUUUCGCAUCCGAGAUCAAUCAAAGACGCUCUCAAAGCGCUGUUUGGGAUUUCUUUAUAUCCGCUGAAUCGUGCAACUGUGAUCGAACUAGGGGCGGUGCCUGCGUUGUUUUCAUUGGUGGUGAAAGACGGGAGGGUAGGGGUUGUAGAAGAUGCUACGGCGGUGAUUGCACAAAUCGCAGGGUGCGAGGAGGCUGGAGAUGCGUUUAGGAAAGUUUCAGGGGUUGGAGUUUUGGUGGAUUUGCUGGAUUUAUCAACAGGGUCAAGUGCUAGGACGAAAGAGAAUGCGGUUUCUGGUUUGCUGAAUAUGGUGCAGUGUGGGAAGACAGAUGUUGGGGAAUAUGUUAAAGAGAUGGCUUCUAUUGUCUGUAAUGGCAUUUCUGAUGUUGCAGAGAAUGGAAGCCCAAAAGGGAAGAACAAAGCUAAUGAAUUAUUGAAAGCAAUCGAUCUUGCUGCUGGAAUGAAUCGAUUGCAAGACCUGCAACUCGAGACAGUAAUUUCUCACUCUUAUUGAAUCUUUGUUGUGAAUUUUUACCACUUACAUCUUUGUUUAUAGAUCCCUUUUGCUUCUACAUUACAUAUAGAAUAUGUGGGCAAUUUUAGAGUCGCAUAAACUUCUUGCUGCCUACAAAGUAAUCUUUACGAUUUCCUCAUGUACUUGUGUGAAUAUUCAUAAUCCUUUACCUAAUACUUGUAGAAGUAGACAUUUCUUGUUGUAGCAAUUGCAACUUCUGCAUAUUUGUAUAAGAUUACAAUUCAAUUUACCCAUUUGACUAUAUUAACCAUUACUGAAGUUGCUAUUUGUCAUCUUGGUUCACAUAAUACUCUUUGUUAAAGUUGUCCAAAAGGUGAAACACUUGUUGGGUGUCGGUUAAUGCACCUUGGUAAGUCACCAAGAAUAAUUUGAAGUAAAGAUAUCUAGAAUUACUUGAGUAAGCGAAGUUGCGUAAGGUUAACUAUGAGUUGUUCGUUUAUAUGAUGCCGUGUUUUCUUGAAGUAAGGGAACGU